CAAAUUCUUCCUGCAGUGAGCAUGCGCGGUUUGGAGCAAGCGAGAAAAUGGCAGACGUCUCUUUGGAUGAAGUCAUACGACGACGCGGUAUUCACCUCAAGACUACAGUUAAACGACCAAUGUUCGGACGCGGUGCAGGAGGCGAUGGCAAAGCCUUUGAUGCCAGGCAGAAAAUUGGGAUGAAUGAUGUAAGACAGCGGCUUGGAGGAGGGACAGGUUUUCCUGUCAAGGAUGCCAGAGAAAAACUGAUUCAGAGAGAUGCUCGUUUCAAAAUCCGUGGAAGGGGAGGAGCAGGACCAGGACCAGGAUCAGGAGCGGUGCAGGAUGCUCGACAGAUGAUCAACUCACGCAAACAGGGCCAGAGUCAGACAGCUGCCCCUUCACAGACCACGCUGAAGGCAGCAAUAGCUCAACAGCUACAGACGAAGACAUUUGUGCCUCAGAUACAAAUACACUACAACAGCAAUCUUGCAGGUGUGAACAGUAGGCAGUUUGCCCCUAAUGUACAAGGACUGAGUUCAAGGGGCAGCACAACAACACAGCUGAGCAAUAAUGGGAAAAUGAUGGAUGCCCGUGAUAGAUUGAGCCUCAAGAGGAGCAUUGGAGGGACUAUGACACAAGCCGCUGGUUCUCCACCACCUCUGAAAAUAACCAAGACCAUACAGCAACGUCCACUAGGUGGAAUACGCGGAGCUGCACAGCCUGUCUUAAAUGCGCUUGAUGGCACUGCCAGCAAGCAAAUAAAGAUCACAACUGCCAAUGAUAUGCUGCAGUUGCGGUCUGGUGCAGGUGGCUCUGGAUUCUCCAUGUCUGCCCCAAUCACCAAGGUGGUUAAAAACGAUGCCUACACAGCCCCGCGUCCUCCUGUCCCUGUGGCUCCCACCCGACCGAACGCCAGCAUGACGUCCCCGCGGCCCUCAGCUGCAGCGUUGCGGCCGUCAGCUGCAGCGUUGCGGCCCUCCGCUGCAGCGUUACAGCCUGUGUCCAGGACACUGCAGCAAAGCGCAGCAGAAACUACCACAACAGCACCCACCCCCCCUCAGCCUGCUUUUAGCCCGUUGGAGGGGACUAAGAUAACAGUGAACAACCUCCAUCCCCGUGUCACUGAGGAAGACAUAGUGGAGCUGUUUUGUGUGUGCGGUGCCUUGAAGCGUGCACGAUUGGUAAAGGUGGGUGUGGCUGAAGUGGUGUUUGUCCGCAAAGAGGAUGCUGUGAGCGCAUACAGGAAGUACAACAAUCGUUGCUUGGACGGCCAACCCAUGAAGUGUAACCUUCACAUUCAGGGAAAUGUUAUCACCUCUGAUCAGCCUAUUUUACUGAGACUGAGUGAUACUCCAGCUACAGGCAGCAGCACAAAGAAAGAUGGUCUGCCGCCAUCUUUGUCCCGCACAGCCGGUCAGCGAGCUUCCUCUCAGCCCACUCCAGAAGUGGACCCCCAGACUAUACUUAAAGCUCUAUUCAAGUCCACGCAGUCCACUUCCACUACCGAGGCCCCCAGCUCACAGACUACUGCCUUUCGCAUCAAGAUAUAGCUUGUGUCUAAAAUGAAUCCAUCAAGUUCACAUUCUCAGUGCUCACGUAAAAAUAGUGGUUGUUCACAUUUGUUGUCAAUUGCCCACAUUGAUUCAAACUGAUUUUUUUUUGUUUUUUUGUUCUGUCUCAUGGUUCAUAGACAUGACUACUGAGAAUGUGAAAUUCAGGGAUGCUCAACAUCCUGGUUUUGUGCUAUCAUAUGUCACUUGUUUAUUUCUGAAAUGGACCAGAUGAAGAAGUGUUGUGAUUUAAUUAGUUUGGUGGACUGGGUUUUUUUUUCUUUCCUUAAAAGUACUGCAGUUAUCUCCACGUCCCCCCCAAAAAAAACAGUAAAAGAAAAAGUUAAAGCCCAGGGCCAUCUUUAUCACUAGUUAUCAACUGUUUGGCUGUGUCAUUUUUAAGAGGUUAGAUUUUAAGCCAUCCACCUGAACAGGUGUGUCUAGUCAUAUUAUCAGUUCAGUUCAUUUGUCUACACUGACUUCUCCCCACAUCCCGACAUACGUUUAAUCCAUAAUGUUGUCUUGCUUGCAAGAGUCACUGAGAGGAAGUACAUUGAUACAGCGACAGGAAGCAAUUACAUGAUGAUUCCUUCGUUUUACAGUUCUAGUGGUGACCAGUGCUCUGAAACUGCUUUUACUUUUGUUUUCUAGUUUUGAAGCAGUAUACCUAUAUUUCAUCGUAGUAUGGUACACCCAAUUUUUGUUAAACAAGUGUAAAUUACUUUUGCUUUGUCAAGAGAAGUCAAAAGCAGUCAUCUGUCUGUGAAAUAUCGCCAUUAAAUAUUUAGCUUUGUA